CUGCUGCUGCUCCGCUCGCUAAAAAAGCCAACCCCCAACCGCCUCUCUCUCCCUCCCAAUCCGAGCAGAGCAAGAAGCAGCAGAGAGAGGAGAAGCAGAUUGGUGGUUGAAUCAAGAAGAGGAGGAGGAGGAGGAAGAUGUUGCGAGGGGGGACGAGCUUGCUGGGGAUCGUGAACUUCGUGACGUUCUUGAUAUCGAUCCCGAUACUCGGGGGAGGAAUCUGGCUGGCGUCGAGGGCGAACUCCACCGACUGCAUCCGCUUCCUGCAGUGGCCGAUCAUCGGCAUCGGGCUGGCCGUCAUGGUGGUGUCGCUCAUGGGCUUCGCCGGCGCCUGCUACCGCCAGACCUGGCUGCUCCGCCUCUACCUCUUCGCCAUGUUCUUCAUCGUCGUCGCGCUCCUCUUCUUCAUCGUCUUCGCCUUCGCCGUCACCGACCGCGGCGACGGCCAGGUCGUCAUGAACCGCCGCUUCCUUGAGUACCAGCUCUCCGACUACAACGGCUGGCUCAAGGACCGCGUCGCCGACCCCGCCUACUGGUCCACCAUCAGCGCCUGCCUCCGCGACGGCCACGCCUGCGCCGCCAUGAGGCGCCCCGCCCGCAACCCCAACACCGGCAUGCUCAUGACCGAGCCGCCCGACAUGUUCUACGCCCGCGACCUCUCCCCCAUUCAGUCUGGAUGCUGCAAGCCACCAACAUCGUGUGCAUUCUCCUAUCAAAACGAGACGUACUGGACCCCAAACCCUGGAGUUCCAACCGUCGUGAACGACGCGGACUGCAGCAAGUGGAGCAAUGACCAGCAGACGCUGUGCUUCCAGUGCGACUCCUGCAAGGCAGGCGUCCUAGCCGGCAUCAAGAAGAGCUGGCGCAAGGUCGCCAUCCUCAACAUCGUCGUGCUGAUCAUCCUCGUCGUCGUCUACGUCGCUGGGUGUGCAGCCUUCCGCAACGCCAGGAGGAUCGAGAACGAUGAGCCGUUCGGCAUGGCAAGGAUGACCAAGACUCAGCCGAGCAGGUUCCAGUUCUGAAGAAGAACUGAACUGGAAGCCGCCUUUUGCCCAUUGCCUGUACAAAAAAAAGACCAUAAUUGGUGGUGCUAAAGGCUUUUGCUGAAUCUCUUGUAUGAUUAUUAUUAUUAUUAUUUACUGAAAUGCAUGUGGAAUCAGCUGCACUUAAUUGGGUGGUGAAAAGGAGAGUAGUUCUUGUGUUCAGAAACUCUGAAUGUUUAGUGUGGUCUGGUUUUGUGCUUGCUAUAGUGUUUAGGGUAGGUCUUAAUUCUGUAUUGGGUACAAGGUGAGUUCUGCAAGAAACAAGAGUAGCCCCCCCCCCCCCCCCCCCCCCCUCAUUUAGGAAUGCAUUGUUCUGUAUUAUUAUUGGAGAUUUUGAUUUGGCAUAAUUCCUAGAUGAGAACAUGUUAUCUUGUA